UUGAUCUUUGAUUAGGAUGGUAAUACAUUUUCACUGAUGACUGUGGAGGCAGAAGUUCCUCUGCAGUGUCCAGAUUGAUGUUGACACAAAAUGUUAUUGUCUCUUUUCCAAGGGUUACUCUUAGCAGCACUAUCAGUUAUCUCAUGCCUUGCUUCUGCCUCGCAACUCUAUCCUACCGCGACUACGCCGUCCCUUGCCAGUCUACUACCCAGAUGUGCUCGUCAGUGUGUUGACGAGUUCAUCAAUAACGAUUAUCGAGAUGAUGCGUGCCCACAAGCAUGGAGUCUCGACUGCUUAUGUCGAACGAAUACGACCAGCGGCUAUACACUGGGUGAGGCUGCAUUUCGGUGCAGUUUGUCACUGUGUUCUGUCAACACCAUUUUCUCGUCUGAUCUCUAUGAUAUUUGUGACUCAGUAUCGGGAGCUUUACCGCGGACUCAUGCAACGAUAACGGCUACAAUUAUGUCGGUUCAUAGUGCAACCACGGUAGUUACCACAUCCUCCGGAUCACACGGUGUUACCUCUAGGGUAUCAUCCACUUCAAGACCUUCCCUGACCGAGCAUACCAUAACCGAACAUACUACCUCUGUCGUUGUCACUUCUUUCGACAGUCCUACCACUAUAUCUGACCCGAGUCACCAGACUAGCAGCACGUGGGCCACCUUCAGCAGUACCUCCACUACUAGCCAUAACUCGACCGCCGCCGCCGCCGCCGCUACGACAGCUACGCACAGUAAGCUUAGCGCUGGUGCGGUCAUUGGCAUUUCUGUGGCUUCUGGGAUGACUGGAUUCUUCCUCAUCGGAGCUUUGAUGUUAUUCUAUUAUAGGAAGAACAAGCAUCGGGAUACAGAGACCAAAGAUCGAAACUUCUUCGAAAUCGGAGGGGUCAUGUCAGAACCUCCAGAUUUCGCAUUCCCACCCCGACGGCCAACAGGGCCUAGGCCUAUGCCUGGUGGCACAGACAGAGACUCGGAGACGUCACGUUUGAUAACUCCGUUCGAACCGAGACGUUAUAAUCCAACAUUUGUCGUCGACGCACCACGCGAUCGGUAUAAUAACGAUUCCAUGGAGCUACAUAGUGCUCACAAUAUCGGCUUUGCCGUCUCUUCUAAUUCCGACAUGGAGGCAUCAGUGGCGCAUUCAACCCCGCGGACCCUCUCGAGCUUACUUCCAGAUAAGCCAACAUAUGGGCUAUAUCCGGAGCCACUUCGAUGGAGUCGGCAAAAGCGACCCGGUAGCGUUGGGACUUUGUUCGAGGAGGAUGUUACCAAGCCACGCAGUUUCCUGGGCAGUCCUCGGAUGAAUCAAGAUCCUUCUAAUUGGUCGCGUAAACCACAAUCCAGCCGACCUCAUCAUCGACCUCCGAUGGCUGGAUUACCGGCGCAUCCGCGCGCGAUGCUGCAUGGGUUUCGAGACGGGCAAGACGGGAAGCUCGCUCUGAGAGGACCGAACCGCUACCAGAGAUCGAGGACAGGAAGCCCCGCCGAGGCGGCACCUCACCCGACCGAUGUACUGGGUAGUUCCUCACAUCGUUCCCCGAGACUGAGUCAUGAAAACUAUACAGACGAAUACUGGCCUGUUUGUGAUGCUGGGCAGACAAGACCGGCUACAGCAUCACCUUAUCUUGACGAUAGCCCGGAGGGAGGUCGGCGGUUGGUAUACGGAGGAGACCCAGCUUCUCACCAUACGUUUAGCGACGGGCUUCAGAGCUCUCGGUGCGAAUCACGCCAUUCAGGGAGUCUUCGGCCUCUGACUCCGGUGCGGGAAAUCAGGACCCCAACACUUGAGGUUCCUAACUGGCAAUAUGAAACAUCAGCUGGCAGCCGGAUUCCCGUCGGCCUCCCUCGCAUGCCGCUCUCCAGGUCGGUCAGCCCUGCGCAAGAAAUUGUUUCCCGGCCCCGGAUUGUGCGACAGGAUGAUAUCAGAAGAGUACAGAUCCGUCGGGUCACUCCCGAGCCCUACGAGGAGCCGACAGGGCCCUUUGCGCCUAGUGGUGCCUGGCAUGGUGACGACGGCUAUGGUUCGAGGUAUGGAGUCCAAGCACGCAGGUCGUCCUUCGACUCCGUAUCAUCAGCCGCUAGUCUGAAAGGGAAGCAUAUACCGAGAAAACCGGUCCCAAUCGAGCGCAAUUUGACGCCGUCCAGGCGAGGCUCGGAUCUCAUUCUCCAGGUGGAUUGAUUAGCCCUGUCAAUGCUCGCUCUGGGUAGUGAGCAUGCCAUCCCUUUUCUGUGUUGUAUCUUUCUUUUGGUUCAUUGUCGGAUAGAUGUUUUUUGUACAUUAUAAACUGUUCGAUCUGUCUAUAUACACAUGCAUAUACACUCUGAAAUUGCGUUGGUUGAGACAUUUCGACUUGUCGCUGUAGAGUGGCAAAUCCAUAUCGUCUAUAUCAAGCACUC